AUGUUUGUUGACCUCGUGGAGAACAAUUAUGCCGACGCAGUGGAUUCUCUACAGAAGGCUUUGAGUUUCCUGGACAAAGCGAAAUCCGAGUUGGAUAUCGAGAGUGAUGAGUUGCGUAUCCUCGAAAUGCGCCAAGAAUCUUUGUACCGCCAAUUCGAUUCUCUUCGACCAUAUCAGUUUCUACUGACUCAUCGUUCCAUCGCCAAAAGCAUUACAACCCGCAGCCAAGGCAUCAACUCGUGUCCCUCAAAAUCGGCAGAUCCCGCCCUCCAUGUUGACGAAAAUAAUGGUGCUCACGACCCCCUCCCCGGCAGAGCGGGGGCCACUUUGAAGCUGUGCCCUAAGCGUAACGACCAGAAGCUUGAAGAAUGCGAAGUACGCAUCAACGAAUUGGAAAAAAUGCUGGAGGAGUCGGAACGAAGAGCAGCCCUCGAGGAGGACGCUCGACUAGUAGCCGAGAGAGAACUGCUGAUGUUACAGCGCUCGCACCGUUGGUGUUCCACCUCUCCUCUCACCGACUCCGUUUGCAACACCAUGGUAACUUCUCACAAUUCAUGCGCUCCUGAACUUGUUGAUUCCAACGUAAGCGGUGCCGCCUAA